UCAACAUUUCUUACGGAUUGAUUUCGUAGAAAACAUCCGCGGAAAGAAAACGUAAGUUUCAUGCAUGAAUUAUCAUGGAACAGUGACCAACAUAUCACGCAAGGAAGAGGAAGAAGUGAAUAUCCCUCUUGCCGCAGUAGUCAAUACGGUUAUAAAAUGCACCCUUCAACUUCCUACCAUGACUGAUGAUCUGGUUGCUUUUUUCUUGGAAACGUGCUAAACGCGCAAGCGCUUGACAUGACUAUCCGUCCUCGACGUCCAAUGAUCAUCAGUGUCGUCUGAGCUUCCGUGCUUUAAUGAUGCGCGGAUCACCGACCGUUCAGAAGUCAAACCCAGUCGCGAUCGUGUGCGAUCACGAGAAGUACGUGCGGCUAAGUGUUCAGAAGACUCGUUGGAUACUGAAGUCGAUCGGUGUUUGGCCGAAAGCACUCGAAUCUUCUUCUCUCAUAAAAAAAUACGUGCGCUUGCUGAUAAAUGUGAUCUACAUUGGUUUGGUCACUUUUAUUUUCAUACCAUGCAUCUUUUACGUUGUACUCGAAGUUGAGGGUACAUACAACGCUUUGAGAUUCACCGGACCGCUGAGUUUCUGCACGAUGGUUCUCAUGAAGUAUAUCUCGUUGAUAAUACGCGGUCGCGAUAUCCGUAUUUGUAUCGAGCAUAUCAAAAGCGACUGGAUGAACACGUGGCAUCACGGUGAUCGCGCGAUCAUGAUCAGGAAUGCGGAGUUUGGUAGUCGCCUUGUAAUGAUCUGCUCGUUCAUGUCAUAUGGUGGUGCUGUGUUUUAUCACAUCGCCAUGCCGAUCGGCAUGGGCAAAAUUACGGAUAUGGACAACCUGUCGUAUCAUCUGUUAGGAUAUCCAGUCGCCAGGGUGAUCGCCGACACGCGUUAUAGCCCCAUUAAUGAAAUCUUUCUCUUGAUUCAGUGCAUAUCGGGUCUUACUACGCAGGCCGUCACGGCCGGUGCCUGCAGUUUGACUGCCGUUUUGGCGAUGCACGCUUACGGCCGUCUAGAAAUUCUCAUGGAAUGGAUCGUGCAUCUAGUGGAUGGGCGAGAGGAUUUGUGUAAGAAUGUAGAUGAAAGACUGGCCGUAAUUGUGCAGGAACACGUGCGAAUUAUGCGCUUUAUAUCAUUAAUGCAAAAAGUAUUGCACGAAAUAUCUCUAGUGGAAAUUAUAGGAUGUACUUUGAAUAUAUGUUUUCUUGGAUAUUACAUUAUUAUGGAAUGGGAAAUCGCUGAAUUUGCAAGUCAUGUAACAUAUAUUAUUUUACUUACAUCUGUCACCUUCAAUAUCUUCAUAUUUUGUUACAUAGGUGAACUUGUCGCCCAGCAGAGCAAAAGGGUUAGCGAGAUAUCGUAUAUGAUCGAUUGGCAUCGUUUACCUGGAAGGAAAGCGCUCGCUGUUAUACUAAUGAUCGCAAUGUCCAACUCGUCAGUUAAACUUACUGCUGGGAAUAUUAUUGACUUAUCUAUAAGCAGCUUCGGUGAUGUGAUUAAGACGUCGAUUGCCUACUUGAAUAUGUUACGUACAUUAACUUCUUAAAACAUUUUUAUUG